AUGAGCGAGGAAGACUUGUUUGCCAUGAGGAAUUUAGUAUGCCUAUGGUUUCAAGUCAGGGACUUCUGCUCUAGUCGCAUCUCCUCCUUUGAUGAGCUUGACAAUGCCAUUUGCACUGGGAGCACGAAGGAUCAUGAGCUGCAGAUAAUCUUGGAUUGUAGGCCAUCGCAGUUUGGGAUCAGCAUGCUUCCUUCAUCCCAACGGGAGGCUUUGGAAGCAGUUCGACAACAGGAAGAAGGGCACAGCUUUGAGGUUGAGAAGGAACGCUUGGCCAUUCGGGAUGCCCGGUGGACCUUUUUUCAAGCGGCCUUAGCUCGAGACCAGGCAAAGUUGCGAGUGAUCAAGGAAGCUCCUGCGAAGAUCGAUGCCCUUCGACAUCGAAAGCGAAUGCAGUGGAGAUUGGAGCAGGCCAAGCUGGGUGAGAAGGUCAUCAAGGCUUACAAGGACAAGUUUCUCCGGUGCGACCUGGUGAAUAAAGCAGAGCUGGCCCAACAAAAGAUCAAUGAAUUCCGCUCCUAUGUUGCACAGAGUAGCAGUUGCAAGAUGGAUGACAUCUACACAGUUUGCAUUGCCGACCUCAACGUUCCUGGUGCCAAGAGCUCUGAGGCCAUCAGCGAGUUGGCAGCGUGCAUGCAGUUCGUGAAUGACCAGUCCCCUGCUCAUUCGAUUGGCUUGCUUGAGAUGCCGGAGGACAUGCUGCUACCUGAAAGCUUGAAUUGCGAGUCUGACCUGAAGCAAGCUGAGCGUCAGCAGCCGUUGAGGGGUGGCGUGAAACCAGAGAACCUCUACUACCAGAGUGUGGGUUGGCUAUCCAAAGAGCCGUUUGGGCAUGCGCGAUUGGAGCGCGAGAUUACGGAGGCAUGGAUCCAGCGCAAGUUUGAGCACGGCGGCCACAAAUACGCUUGUGAUCCUCCAGAGUUGACCCAGGCUGAGAUUGAGGGCAUUCCUUCGGCAACAGCGGCAAUGGGAAACCUUGACAAGGUGGAGUUUGAGGUUCUGGAGCGAAUCAACGACAAGAUGAUGAAAAAGAGUGACGAACAUAAGUUCUUUUCAGCGCAGACUGGGGACAUCAAGAGUGAGUAUGACAACCUUCGCGAGCAGCACCUGGACUUGGUGGGGCGUCAGGCUGAGCAUCAGGUCAAAGCAAAAGCAGAUGAAGACAAUUCCCAGUCUCAACCAGUCCCUCCAGCAGCUGCUGGUGUGCAGUUGGAGUCGCUUGCCAAGCUGGAGUCUGACAUUGGGGUUGAGAUCAAAAUUGCUUCCGAGGUGAGCAAUGUGGAGCUUAUCAAGGCCAAGGAUGGGUCGCUGUGGCUGCUCAGUUCACAGUCUAAGACUAUUGGGAAACAUGUCCUUGUUGGCGGGUACGGAACUGGUCAGUGGCUACCUUCCAAUGAAUGCACAGAGCCAGCGGUUCCCUUUCAAGUUCCAGAUGGUGACAAAACACCAGUACAAAUUGAUGAAACCACCUUCGGUCCAGAGGGAGCGCAAGGGGUAAGCACAUUGAGCAUCUACAAGCUGUUGCUUCGCGCUGAGACGGAGAAGCAUGUGUCUCAGCACCGCGUGAGCUUCCUGAAGGUUGAACGGAAGCAGGCUGUGGAGGCAGGAGAGGACGGCUUCGAGGUGUCAGUGAGCAAGCCGAUGGUCUUCAAAGCUUGCAAGGACCCACGUGAUCCUGACAAAGUGACCUGCAAGAACGUGUUCAACAAGUUCAUCAAUCAGCUACCUGAUGCCUUGGUGACAGUGGUGCGUUUCAGAUUUGAGAGGGUUGGGCAGAAUUUUAAGGUGCAGCGUCCAUAUGUGCUCACCUCUAGGGCACUGAGCCUUGAGAAAGAGAAGCCACUGAAGCUGGCUUGA